AUGGCGCCGCCGGAGUCCGGAAGACGAAAUCCCACCGUAUUGGUGACGGAUUCUCGCGAUCAACAUGCUCAGCGAUCGAAUCGACGGGCUGCGGCCGCUUUGCCGGCAACGCGUUUGAUUACCGUCGAUAAUGUUUUGCAGUACGCCUCGGAUAUUCCAUCUAUGCAACAACGCCGCCCGAUGCAACAGCGCCCGCAAAUGCGGCCCCGAUCACGUCUCUCUGCGUCAACUGGUCUUUCAGGUGCGUCUUCUGGAGCUAGUGUGUUGGGGGGAGGAGGCGGAGCAAAUAUCGGCGGUGUUGGUGGUGCUGUUGGUAGUGGUGGCAUAGGCCCUGCAGGCACAGCAGGCAGACUGGCGGCACAGGCUCGUUUACCUUCGCGCUCGACGAAAACCGAGGAAGACGAAGAAGAUAGACCAGCCGGCGUAGCAGAAGAUGAACACCUGCUCGCAGCUCCGGUUGAUGAGGAACUGGUUCGCAGAAUCGCGGAAGAGAGGAAUAUGGACCCGGAAGAGCUGCGGCGACGUUUACAGGUAGCAGUACAGCAACGGCUUCAGGGAGACUUUGGUGUUGAUAAUGAUCUUGCACCUCUGUUGGAUCAAGAAGAGGCCCUGCGACAGCGAUUGGUAUCCCCGGAGAAAGCAAAGAGCUACGCGGAACGAUUGCCCAAGGCUCGGAGAGCGGAGAAGCUGCCUCGUGUCACGGCAUUUUGUACCGCGCAGGGCUUCAGGAUGGGUGCUACGGCUUCUUUUGUUAAGGAGUGGCAUGGUGCUAGGACGAAACUGUACGAUGACUGUCUUUAUACUGCUUAUCAUCUCCCUCUUCUGCCGGGUCGUGGGGGUUAUAGAUUACGCAGCAGCCCUGUUUUGAAAGGUGCUGGUGGCAGGGUGGUGCUGGACGAGGAGAUUGAGCGCAGUGAGCAGAGGGAUUACCACGAUGAAUAUUACGUGGAUGAGCACGAACACUCAGUUGGCGGCCGGCGAGACGAGCAAAGCAAUGAGUCUGAACGAGAUCGCAGCAGAGACUACCAGGAAGGUAAUAAGCCUGAUAUACAAGAGGAUACAGAUUCAGGAGACAGUCGGCCUACAAGCAGCAGCGAACAACAACAGGCAGAUGCAGAAUCUCCUGGAAAGCAUACAUCGUCAUCAUCGACAACGACGGCAACAAGCUCGGCAACAAAUCGACGCAUGCCUCAAAACGUAUUCAACUACGCGGAGAUGUUCGUCUUUAGCUAUGGCGUGGUUGUAUUCUGGAACUUCACAGAACGACAGGAAAAGGAUAUUCUGGCGGACCUCACAUUUUCGUCAUCAGGCGCAACAGGACCGCAAGUCCCGCUGGCAACACAGCCACUUGCAGAGGAAGACUUUGAGACGGAGGAAUUCCACUUUGAGUAUUCGACUGAAAUCUCUCGUCCGCGGGUCUACAACGACAUGAUCACGCUACGGUCGAGAGACCACAUGAUCAAAUUGGCGAUAUCGCAUGGGAUUGCCCAGAGUACGAAACUGUGUUUCUUCGAAGAAGCCAUGGCCAAAGAGAUGACGGAAGCGAAGGAUGUGCCGCGCCGGCUUGCCAUGACGGGGAAACUGGGGAUGAAGCGCGAUGAAGUGUUUCGGAUUCUGGGAAGACUUUUCCGGAGUCGCGUUGAAGUGAACUUGUACGUGCCCAACUUCUUCUGGGAAUCCGAACCAACACUCUACCCGCUCUACAUCGCCGUUCGCGAAUACCUCGAAAUCAAGCCGCGCAUCCAAGUGCUCAACGAGCGCUGUCGCGUAUUCCUCGACUUGACCGAAAUUCUUUCAGACUCAAUAGCGGAUAACACCGAGUCACAUCAAACAUGGAUCAUCAUCGUCCUUAUCGUCAUAUCGAUCCUCGUCACAACAGCCGAAGUCAUCCUCCGCUUCGGAAUAUUGUCUAGUAACCAGGCAGCAGCCAACCCGGCCGGUCCGUCAUUUGCGUCUGCUCUGAUGAUGAAUGUGCUUGGGAGAUCGUCGUCGUCCUCGUCAUCAGCAACACCACUAAUUGCACCGGGGGCCGGGGAUGGGUGCGUCUGUCCUCCGGGGACGUAUAAUUCUAGUAGUUUUUAA